UGCGAGCGAAAUGUAGGUUCGCCCGGGGACAGACGGGGCGGCCUAUCGCGGCAUUGGCCCCUUGGCCCAAGAUAAUCUGCAUAACGAACUCGUAUUGGCCGCCUGGUCGACGUGUGUACCUUCGUAUUGGUGUAUUUUCAGACGCAACUUCAAGGCGGGUUGUUUUCGUGCAAUGUGAAGCUGUGGUUGGUCAGGCGGUACAGCUCUGUGCCUAAAGAUCUGAACGAGCGAAGGGGGUCGAAGCGGUGAAACUUGGAAAUGUCAACACCGAAAAAAAAAAACCAAACAAAAAAAAACCAAACAAACACCGAAAAUAGCUAAAUUGUAUUUCCAGUGAAGCUUGAUGCAUUCUUAAGGUUAUAGCGUCCCCUCCGGGUUCUCUGUGUUACCACCGCUGUUUGCUGAGGUGUACGGUGGCGUUUUAAGCGGGGUGCAUGCUGACCUCUACCCAAGAGUGUGUCCUGCCAAUGGAGGACGAUGGCCAGAGUGUUGGCUAUCAUGGUGAACCUGCACCCCAAACCAGCUCUAAUUCUUCUGUUUUUCACAGCUGUGAGGAUGCGAGAAGGUCGUCUGGCUGCCAGAGGAAAUCGGGGCUGACAGGAGAGAGGGCUGCAAAACGACAGCGAGAGAACCCAUCUCCCAUCAAGCAGAGCUACAACAGGAACAACAAUGAAGACAAAGCUGAUAUUCAGGAACAGCAACAAGAAGGUAAACUGGAGAGAUUGGACGUAGAAACAAAAUUACCAGAAGACCCUCCACCAACAAAGAAAUGGGUGAUUGGUCCUCUUUUCCAGUCGUUCAAAUUUAAGAUGGCUAGUUUCACUGAAAUCGUCAUGAGUCCCAUUCGAAUCUUCAAAUCUGAUAACUCUCCACCUCCAAAAGCACCGUCUGGUCACCAUGAACAACUGACUGGCUCAAAUCUUAAACAGUCGUCUACAGAUAAGCAGGAACAGAUGGAUAUAGGAUGUGUUCACAAAGAUGAGGUGUUUUCACAAAUGCAGGCAAAGAAUACUGCCCAGAACCAGUGUAGCGUUGUACAGAGACUAGUGUUUGACUCAGACUCGAGUAAUGUAAAUAAUUCAGAAGACAAUGCUGAAAUUUCACCAAAAGGUUCCAAACGUCAGAGGGAUGCUAGCAGUUCAUCUGGAGUGGAGUCUCAGCCUGCACCAAGGAAUGAUGCAGGCGCCGUUGGCUCAGACGCUUUCGGUAUUAAGAAUCCUUGUCCAGACUCCUCCUACUGCUCACACAGCUUAACCCCAGAUGCAGAGCAGCGAGGCCAGGUGGACAGCGAGGAUACAUUUCUAGGAAUGCCCACCAGGAAAAGCCCUGGAAAAGAGUCUAAAGAUCCUCUGGAACAGGUUGCGUUCCAGGGCUCUGAUGCAUUCUCCCAGGCAAAGGCAGCUGAUUUUUCCAAUACUUUGUGCGCCCGAAAGAGGGUGGAUGACCUAAGGAAGCCCAUGGAAUGUGUACAUGAGGAUAAGGGCACUAUCGUGGAGACAUCGGGUUCGUGUGAAUCCUUGGAGAGGGAGAAAAUAGGCCAGGUAUCUAGAAGUAGGACUAGAAGGAAAAGGGACAUGAAAUGUAGAGCAGCUGCAGCCUUGGGGGUUGUGAACGACACCAGCGACGUCUCGUCUUCCUCGGUCGACGAGAAGGGUACCAUGGCGACCAGCGAUCUACAAAGCAGCACCACAAACGUGACUGGCAGGCAUGACGGUGGCGAAUGCGUCCUCACAGGAUCGUUUUCGCCAGUGCCCACGCCACCGCGAGGCACCAUGUCCGACUGCGCUCCAGGAAUCUGGGCUGCCGCACGAAAGGAGGGGCAGUGCCACGGCAGAGCCAUGCCGUGCGCGGACAGGCGGCACGAGGACUCGGAAACGGGGAGUCGCGGUGUUCACCCUGUAGUGUUUUUGGUGCCUUUGGCUUUUCCGGCUGGAGCACCGAUGGCGGGAGCAGAGUCUCCAGGGCGGGAGGCUGGCCACGCCGCUUCGGGUCUGGAGCGGACGCAACCUGUGCGCCAGUCUAAGCAUAAGCUAGAGACUUCCAGCACGACAACAGGAGCUACCACUUUGGGGCCAGCCGCCAAAAAGCCGUCGAUCCACAGCCAGCGCGCAGGUACCAGAGUGGUGAAAAAAGGGCCCAGAGUGUUUGAGGAGCAGGGAGUGUCCAUGUCUCUGACGCUGCAGGUUGCUCCGGCGGCACACGGACAUGAGGAUCCGGCAGUACCGUUUGCGCAUGCUUGCUCUGCGCCUCGGCUGAAGCGCUGCAGGACAACGCGGAAGAGGAGGGCGGAAGCGGGUGCUGCCGCGGACAACGGCCCUGACCCCUCCCCCGCGCCCAAGCUCUUUGGAGAUGGGCCUUCGGUUCCAAAAUGCGCGAGAGAUUCUGGAACACCGAAGGGUGAGGUCGACGGACUGCACUGUAAAAAUGACGUUUCAAAGAAGGCGGAGGCGAUGGUGGACAGGGAGGCCAGGAGGAGAGGUGCUCCGGAGGAUGGUGUUCCUGCAGCUCCGCCCUCAUGUAGAGGCUCCAGCCGCCUCCUGCGCAGCCUCUCUUGCCCCGACAUCCCGUCCCUGCAGGACAGCGGCCAUGCCCCUUUGGCCCCGUCGCAUGACAAAUUCCUUUUUUCCCCUUACAGGAGGUCCUCCACUGCCCCUCCCCACUCCCCCACUCACUCCCUGUACAAGCGCACUCGCCGGCACACGGUCUGUACCGUGGAAAUAGAACGGGAGAUUGCCCCCCUGUGCCUCCGCAAGGAAGUGCACCCAGUGGGUUGGGCCAGAGCUUCUGGCCAUCCGUACCCGUGUUCCCCUCCGUCGGUCCUCGCCUCCUGUUUUUUGUCAAGUCCCCUAGCGUUCCGCUCCAGCAGACCAAGUCGAGGGUGGAGUGAUGCCUGCAAAACUGGUGCGGGCUCCUCUACUCCGGUCACUCUUGUGACGCCCCUGUCAGCCUCUCCCCUAGAAUCUUUACCCGCUUCUGAGCUCAUGGUCUUCCCUGGUCCAUCUGCCUGUGGCCCUUCCUUACCUGAGUGGGCCUCAGCUUCCGUGUCCCAUCCUUGCAGUGUCCUGGAGCCUGUUCCGGGGGAGAUGGAUCACGAUGGUGACCAGCACAGAAGGGAUGUCCAUGAUGGAUUAGCUUUGGGACCAGAGCUUCCAUCCCACGCUGUAUCCGAUGAGAAACACUUGUCACACCUUGAGAUUAAGUUUCAGACUGACGUCAAGAGAGUCCAGCGCAGUAAAGUAUCUUCCAUCCGCAUCCGUAAGACUCUACCCAAGCCCCAGUACAACCUCACGCCCAUGGGUCUUCCUAAGGCUGUCCGGAUAAAGAAAAAGAUUUUCAGUGUGGAGGAAAUCUACACAAACAAGAACUUCAGCCAACCCCCGGAAGGCCGUCUAGAGACCAUAUAUGAGGUGCCUCUCAGCCGGCGGGAUGGCUCCCAGUCGCUGAUUGGUCAGAAGCGGGUGAAGCGCUUUGUCGAAUUCCCAGAACUUGGUGUGGCCAGGAAGCCAAGGAAGCCUCCCAUUGGUGCAGCUGGAGUGGGAGGAGGUCAGAGGAAAGGGGCAGGGAAUCCUGGGACAGGUAGAACCCGCAGAGGUGUUUGGGCCUCCACUAGGGAUGAAGAUGCACUUAACCUGCAGGAGGUCGAGUCGCUCCUGUGCUCCAAACUUAAUGAAUUGGACUCCUGGAUGGCGCUGGAACAGAUGGCGUACUGAAACCUGGGUAUUAUUUUUGCCAAACCUGGGAAUUUUUUUUCCCCCCCUUUGGAUGUACAAUCAGUCAGUUAUAAACUAAACCCAUCCAAGUGACAUGAAAAUACAAACACAUAGAUGUACGUUCUUGUAAUCUAUAUUAUGAAUGCUGUAUGUUUUGUACAUUUUUAUAGUUAAAAGUAUUGUCUGAUUAGUUCAAUGGCAUUAAGUGUUUGUGUGUGUACACGUGUUUGUGCAUAUAAAUUUAUGUGUAUCUUGAAUGUUUGAGAAGAGCACUUCGUUUAAUGUGUUUUUCAGGGGGGUUUUCUCCCUUCUGAUACCAGUGUUGGGUAAGUUCCGUUUGACCCUGUGCUGUAGCCAGACAAAUGGACACAGCAACAAGCCGUCGCUUUUCUAGAAAGUAUAAAGUCCUGAAGAUGACCAAGAUGCCUUGGUCAUGAAGAUGCCUUAACAAUUCACACUCAGGGUGUUUGUGUUUGUGACCAUGUGCCAUACGUCCGUAUAAUUGCCUUUGUAAAGGGGUGGG